AUGUCGUCGGUCGAGUAUUUACGUCCAACAAUCCAUAGUAGGUUCUGCUUAAAUUCGAAUUCUAAUGCUUAUCACUGCCGCCAUGGAUUGGGUUUCGUUCGUGGUCAAGCUAAGGUUUUCAACCCGGAAGCGAGACGGGUUGUUUCGAAUACGGCGGCGUCCAAGUCAGUCGCUUUGUACAGACAGGGCAGAGCUGUGAGAGUUUCGGAGAGGUUCAGUCUCUGGAAGAGCCAUGGAGGGUUCAGGACGGUUAGGGUUUCGGCGAGUGGUCAGGACAAAGAUUCAGGAGAGAAGAGCGAGGCGAAGGCGAGCGAGGGCCAAGGGGUGAACAACAACAAGCCCAAUUCGAGCUCGCCGGCUCCGAAUCGGCGCAGAGAGAGCCAAAAGAAAGCGAAUUGGUGGUGGUCCAAAGGAGGGAAAUGGCGGUGGCAGCCCAUAGUUCAAGCCCAAGAGAUUGGAAUCUUGCUCUUGCAAUUGGGUAUUGUGAUUUUCGUUAUGCGGUUGCUCAGACCUGGAAUUCCAUUACCAGGGUCGGAGCCGAGGACUCCGACGACGUUUAUUAGCGUGCCGUACAGUGAUUUUUUGAGUAAGAUUAAUAGUAACCAGGUGCAGAAGGUUGAGGUUGAUGGGGUUCAUGUUAUGUUCAAGUUGAAGUCUGAGCAGGGUGAGCAAGAAAGUGAAGUGAGUGGUGGGGCUAGUAAGUUUCAAGAUUCGGAGGCUUUGAUAAGAAGUGUGGCUCCGACGAAGAGGGUGGUUUACACGACGACGAGGCCAAGUGAUAUAAAGGCGCCGUAUGAGAAGAUGCUUGAGAAUGAGGUGGAGUUCGGGUCUCCCGAUAAGCGGACAGGUGGAUUUUUGAACUCCGCAAUGAUAGCUUUGUUUUACGUUGCUGUGCUUGCAGGGCUUCUGCACCGGUUCCCUGUAAGCUUUUCUCAGCACACAGCUGGUCAGAUUAGGAACCGAAAAUCUGGAGGCUCUGGCAGUGCUAAAGCAUCUGAACAAGGGGAAACAAUAACCUUUGCUGAUGUUGCUGGUGUUGAUGAGGCUAAAGAGGAGCUAGAAGAAAUUGUGGAAUUUCUUCGGAAUCCAGACAAGUAUGUACGACUUGGUGCUCGUCCUCCACGAGGAGUUCUCUUGGUGGGUCUUCCUGGGACAGGCAAGACUCUUCUUGCCAAGGCUGUGGCUGGGGAAGCUGAAGUGCCCUUUAUAAGUUGCUCUGCUAGUGAGUUCGUAGAGUUGUAUGUUGGCAUGGGUGCCUCUCGCGUAAGGGAUCUAUUUGCACGGGCAAAAAAGGAGGCACCGUCAAUAAUAUUCAUUGAUGAGAUAGAUGCUGUAGCAAAAAGUCGGGAUGGAAAAUUCCGUAUUGUCAGCAAUGAUGAGCGAGAACAAACCUUGAAUCAGUUGCUCACUGAGAUGGAUGGGUUUGACAGCAAUUCUGCAGUUAUUGUCCUUGGAGCAACUAAUCGCUCAGAUGUCUUAGACCCAGCACUUCGUCGACCAGGGAGAUUUGAUCGUGUGGUUAUGGUGGAAACACCAGAUAGGACGGGAAGAGAAGCGAUUCUAAAAGUGCAUGUUUCCAAAAAGGAACUCCCUUUGGCAAAAGAUGUUUACCUUGGUGACAUUGCUUCUAUGACUACUGGCUUUACUGGGGCAGAUCUUGCAAAUUUGGUGAAUGAAGCUGCUUUAUUGGCCGGAAGACAAAGCAAGGUGGUUGUGGAAAAAAUUGAUUUCAUUCAAGCUGUGGAGAGAUCAAUAGCUGGCAUAGAAAAGAAGACUGCCAAGUUGCGGGGAAGUGAGAAGGCUGUAGUUGCACGGCAUGAAGCUGGUCAUGCAGUAGUAGGGACUGCUGUUGCAAGUCUUCUUCCUGGACAGCCACGUGUUGAGAAAUUGAGCAUAUUGCCACGGUCAGGAGGGGCAUUGGGCUUUACUUAUACUCCUCCGACAAGCGAAGAUAGAUAUUUACUCUUCAUUGAUGAGUUACGUGGACGUUUGGCUACGCUUCUCGGAGGACGCGCAGCAGAAGAAUUUGUAUAUGCAGGUCGUGUAUCAACAGGUGCACUUGAUGAUAUACGACGAGCGACUGACAUGGCAUACAAAGCAGUAGCUGAGUAUGGUCUCAAUCAAACAAUUGGCCCUGUGUCUAUAGCAACACUAUCUGCUGGUGGAAUGGAUGAGUCGGGGGGAGGUGCUCCUUGGGGAAGGGAUCAGGGGCAUCUUGUUGAUCUUGUUCAAGGAGAGGUUAAAGCAUUGCUACAAUCUGCUUUGGAUGUAGCCCUAUCUGUCGUGCGUGCUAAUCCUAGUGUUUUGGAGGGUCUCGGUGCUCAUCUGGAAGAAAAAGAGAAAGUAGAAGGUGAAGAGCUACAAGAGUGGCUAAAAUUGGUAGUUGCACCAACUGAAUUGGCAAUCUUCAUUAGUGGCAAGCAAGAGUCUCUCAUUAGUGGCAAGCAAGAGUCUCUUCUUCCAUUGCAGACUGGCUCCGCCCAAGCUGCCCAUCCAGAGAGAAGGGAAAGAAGUUGGGAUUAUAUCUGCACAAGCCUUCUCAAGUGUGUCAUCAAUAUUAAUUUCGGCACAACCGGGUUGGUCAUCUUUCGGAGAAGUGAACCAAUUGAUGGUUACCACUUACCAGCAUUGUUGCCAGAAAGCCAAAGAUUUUCAAAUUUGGCCAAACUAGUUUAUGUUUCAUACGUGAAAGACAAGAUGGUUUGUCCUAGUCCGGAAUUCCGCCAGUGUGAAGCUGUACUGACCCAAGGGUCGGCGAGGACAGGCAGGUGUUUUCAUGGUCAGUUUUGCCCAAAAGGGUAUGUCAAAGUCGAUUUGAAUAUUGCAGGCAUUGCAUGGGUGGUUGGUUAG